UCAGGUUUUUUUCUUUAUGUAAAGGGGGACUUUGAGAUGCUACAAGCCACAAAUUCAAGUUUUACAUCUACAAUGGAAUCAUAUUUAACAGAAGAAGCAGAUUUAAGCCAAUAUUGUUAUCCUGAAUCUAAUGCCUCAUGUGUAAAAAGCUUUUACAGUGUAGGAGCUAAAUCUGUUUUAUAUUUUUUACUCAUUUUGGCAAUGGCAGUGACUGUUCUUGGGAACUUUGUGGUUAUUGUCUCCAUUGCACAUUUUAAACAACUCCAUACACCCACAAACAUUCUGGUGAUGUCUCUAGCCUUGGCCGACCUGUUUGUGGGCAUGAUUGUCAUGCCCUUCAGCACGAUCCGAUCUGUGGAUGGCUGCUGGUACUUUGGACAAGGCUUUUGUUUACUGCACUCUAGUUUUGACAUGCUUCUGACCUCUGCAUCUAUCUUCCACCUGGUCUGUAUUGCGACAGACCGCUAUCAGGCUGUGUGCCAUCCUCUUCACUACCCCACAAGAAUAACUAUACCCACUGCAUGGUUAAUGGUAGCUCUGAGUUGGACUACAGCUGCGGUGUAUUCAUAUGGUCUAAUGUAUUCAAAAGCAAACGUAGCAAAUCUGGAAGAGUAUAUGGAGUCAAUUUUCUGUGUGGGAAGUUGUGACCUUUUGUUUAAUGCACUAUGGGGGGCUUUGGAUACAUUGAUUGGAUUCCUUUUGCCAUGCUCGGUCAUGGGUUGUUUGUAUGCUAAAAUAUUUUUGGUGUCAAAAAAGCAUGCGACGAAAAUUGAAGGCAAGAAGCAGUGCAAGAAAGGGACCAGCAUGAAUACGGUGUCUCAAAGUGUGAAACAUGAGAACAAAGCAGCAAAAACCCUCGGCAUUGUAGUAGGUGCAUUUAUUCUUUGCUGGAUGCCCUUUUUUGUUAACUCUAUAGUUGAUCCUUACAUCAACUUCUCCACACCUGCGGUACUCUUUGAAGUGCUUGUCUGGCUGGGUUACCUUAAUUCAACUUUAAAUCCUAUAAUAUAUGGCCUCUUCUACCCGUGGUUCAGGAAAUCCCUCUAUCUUAUUGUUACACUGAGAAUAUUUACUCCUCAUUCCUCUGACACAAACAUUUUUCUAGCUUAAAUGUCUUUAGCAUAGCAGGUUGUGUUAUUUAUGUACUUUAGUUCUUCUAAAGAGUAAAAUAUAUUGUAUUAUAAUGAAUAAAUAAAAUGUAUGUCACAUUUCAUCAUUUAUUUGCAUUUUAAACUGCUUAACACUGAUCAAUAGCAUUUGGACUUACAUAUUUAGAUGCGCACAUGCAUAGAAUGUGUUACAUUAAGUAAAUGUAAGAAAAUGAAAUGUGUUAAUGUGAAAUAUUUUAUUUUUGAUUUUUGUGUUAUGGAAUGUGAACAGAUUCAGGAUCAGAUUAUCAAA